ACUUAUUUCAUUUUCUCUCAAGAUGUACAGCCUUGUUGAUGUGUCGCGAUAAAGUUAAAGUUAUGCUGGAAAAUUGAACAGAAAUCUGUGAAAAAUUGCUAAAAUUUGGUUAAAAACAUAAAAUUUAUGCAACCAUCAAGGUUUGCAUUGCAGUCUUAUUAAACCUUCAAAACGAGGCCAUCAACAGCCAAAAUGUCCAAACGGUCGGCUGAUGAUUCUGCCGGAAGUGGUGCCACUGCGGGAAGCGCAAGUGGCGCUCCUCCGAUCAAAAAAGUCCACUUCGAGCCGCAUCUGAUCGGACCGAUUUCGACACUGGAAGAAAUGGACAUCAAGGUUCUACAGUUCCAGAACAAAAAGCUUGCCCAGCGAAUCGAACAGAGGGUCCGCUGCGAAGCGGAACUUCGCCACCGGAUCGAGCAGUUGGAAAAACGCCAAACCCAGGACGAUGCUGUGCUGAAUGUGGUCAACCGCUACUGGAACCAGCUGAACGAGGACAUUCGAGUGUUGCUGCAGCGGUUCGACGCGGAAACUGCAGAUGAGUCGGAAAACAGGAACGAAAACGAAGUAACCACUUCGUUCCUGAUGCAAUUGUCCACCUGGGACAAGGAGGAACUUGACGACAAGCUGGCGAAUCGAGUUCAGGUAUCCAAACGGGCGGUGGCAAAAAUUGUGCAAGUAUUCGAUCGACUUAUGCAACGUAACGAGAAGAUAACGCUCGCCAUGAAGGGAGAAUCGGAUGAUCCGGAGGCGAAUGUUCCGGAUAUCGAUGAAACGUUACGCCAGAGUUACACGGAGGUGAUGGCUGAGAAUCGUAAUCUCCAGACGCAGAACACGUUGCUGCACGAGAAGUUUCACACGAUUUCGCUCAAGAUGAGCGAAAUUCAGGAUGUGUUGAAUGGGAAGGAAACCGAGUCGGCGGAGUUGAAGAAUCAAAUUGACGACUUGCAGUACGAACUGGAGAAGGUGCGCUGCCGAAACGAUAAGCUGGAGAAUCAUCUGGCGGAAGCGAUCGAAAAACUGAAGGCUUAUCAUCAACUUCACGGGGAUAUCUCCAGCUCUGACAAGGAUAAGCAUUCGACUUCCACUACCAGCUCGACUAAAGGUGGUUCAAUGACUAGCGUAGCGGCUCAACAUUUGGAGGAUCUGCAGAAGGAACUCGAAGAGUACAAGGAACUAGCCAACAAUCGUCUCCAGGAGUUAGAUAAACUGCAUUUGCAACAUCGGGAAGCAUUGAAGGAGGUCGAGAAGUUGAAGAUGGACAUCCGCCAGCUGCCGGAAUCGGUGAUUGUUGAGACUACAGAGUAUAAAUGUUUGCAGUCUCAGUUCUCGGUGCUGUACAAUGAGUCGAUGCAGAUUAAAACGCUACUAGACGAAAGUCGUAAUCAGUUGCAAACAAGUAAGAACCAACACCUGCGACAGAUCGAGAUGAUGGAAAGCGAGGAGCUGAUCGCUCAAAAACGAGUUCGCAGCGAUAUGAUCCAAAUGGAGGAUGUGCUGUCACAAAUUCGCAAGGAGUAUGAGAUGUUACGGAUUGAAUUUGAACAGAAUAUGGCAGUCAAUGAGCAAACAGCUCCCAUCAAUAGGGAAAUGCGACAUUUGAUUACAUCUCUUCAGAACCACAACGGACAGUUGAAGGGGGAGGUUCAACGAUACAAGAAGAAGUAUAAGGAAGUUUCCGCGGACAAUGUCAAGCUGAGGAAGGAGCUGGAGGAAAUUUCGGCUAAAUUAGCUACACUCCAAGAGCAACAGCAAGCGGAGAUUAAAAAAGAGAAUGAUCAAUCGUCGGCUUCGUCCGGUGUCAAAGAUGAACCAGGCUCAUGUGAUGGCCAAGGCUCGGUAAAAGAGGAAGAUCCCAAUGAUCCUGGCUCGGGAGCGAUUAAGUCCGAAUCGGGAGAGGAAGGCGACGGCAGCGAUCCGAACGGUAUCAAGAAGGAGGAGAUUGGGCCGGAUGGGAAACCAAUCAAAGUGGAAGCCCCUGGUACUCCGAAAGGCGAUGGAAAAGAUCAGCGAGCGAAAAGCGCUGAAUCCGAUCUGGUGCGUGAUUUGCGCAAUCAGCUAAAGAAAGCUCUGAACGAUCAGAAGGAGAUGAAAUUGUUGCUGGACAUGUACAAAGGAGUGUCGAAGGAACAGCGAGACAAAGUUCAGCUGAUGGCAUCCGAGAAGAAAAAAUGUGCCGAAAUAGAUGAUUUAAAGAAUCAAAUGAAGAAGCUCCAGGAAAGCAAGCGGGAGGAUCGGAAGAAGCUGGCGGACGAGGAAGCGCUCAAGAAGAUCAAGCAGCUGGAAGAGCAGAAGUAUGAGCUACAGAAGCAGGUUCAGACCCAGAAGCAACCGGACAGUGCCUGGAGUAGCAGCUAUCGGCCUUUCGUUGGAUCCCAUGUAGAAGAGGAAGCUCUGCUGAACGAGAUGGAAGUAACGGGCCAGGCGUUUGAGGAUAUGCAGGAACAAAACUCUAGACUGAUUCAACAAUUGCGGGAGAAGGACGACGCUAACUUCAAGCUAAUGUCCGAUCGGAUUAAGGCAAAUCAGAUGCAUAAGUUGUUGCGUGAGGAAAAACAAGUGUUGGAGGAUCAGGUAACAACGCGCGACAGUCAAAUCGAAGCCAUGCACGUUGUGCUGCGGAAGCUGGAGGAAAAGGAACGCAUCCUACAGAAUACGGUCACAACGAUAGAGAAGGAACUCGUAACUCGACAGCAAGCGAUGGAAAUGCACAAACGGAAAGCCAUCGAGUCGGCUCAGUCGGCAGCCGAUUUGAAACUUCAUCUGGAAAAAUAUCACGCCCAAAUGAAGGAAGCCCAACAGGUGGUCGCGGAGAAGACCAGCUCGCUGGAAGCGGAAGCGUACAAGACGAAGCGUCUGCAGGAAGAACUGGCACAGUUCAAACGCAAGGCCGAACGUAUGAAAAAGAUUGAAAUGUCCGGCACUACUAUCGAUGAGGUUAUGCUGGAGGAAAUCCGUGAGUACAAAGAAACCCUCACCUGUCCGUCGUGCAAGGUCAAGCGAAAGGAUGCCGUACUGUCCAAAUGUUUCCACGUGUUCUGCUACGAUUGCCUGCGAACCCGCUACGAAACCCGACAGCGCAAAUGUCCCAAGUGUAAUUGCGCAUUCGGAGCCAACGAUUAUCAUCGGCUAUAUCUAUCCACGUAAGAUAAGAAGGAUUCGUUAUUUCUAUCCUUGCAAUAACCACCUAAACACACGCACGCCAAUAUUUAUGGAUAUAGAUAUAUUUUUGUUUUUGUUUCAGUUAUUACAUUCUUUACUUCGUCCCCCUCCCCAUUAUUGUUUUAAAUUUCAUACGACUAUCGUAUAUAAAUUUUUAUACGAUUUCCAAUCAAUUUAGUGGUAAAAUUCCACACUCAUCCCUUUGAUGAGCCAUGAAAUAAUCUCUUUUUGGAGGUGUAGCUUUAGGCUUCAACGUAGUUCUGAAAUACGUUUUUCGGGUCAUAGCAAUGUGGCGAUAAUAUUAGAAAUCCGUCACACAAUGCAGUCGUGACUCAGAAGAAGCUUUUAUAUCCGUAUUGAGUGAUAGUCAAAGAAAAAAAUCAUUUGUACUAUUUAAUUUAGGAAACCUUUUUGAAUUAUAUCAUUGUGAGAAUCCUGCGAAAGAUACUGUUAGCUGAACUCAAGCCACGUUCUUCAAUACUAGACUACUGAAAUCGUUUUUUUUCAUUGAGUAUUUUGGAGUCUGAAUAAUACAGGCUUUCUAUUCAGAAAAAAUAUAGAUAAAUAAAUCCAUAAAUUGUA